AUGUCUUUCACUGCCAACUGUUCUUGUGUGAUCAUCACCUUGGCCCUAGCAACCUUGACAUUAACAUUUUCUGAAGGGUACAAUGUUCACAUCGUCAAUCGCUUUUGCAACAACGAUAAGCCAUUGACUGUUCAUUGCAAAUCUGGAGACGAUGAUCUUGGUAACCACACCCUAUGGAGAGGUCAGGAUUACAACUGGCAAUUUAACGGAAACUUUUGGGGUACAACUCUCUUCCACUGCAAUAUGAAACGGGAUUCACAAGAGAGAGACAUCAAAGUUUUUAGUAUUCCUGAUGAGGAACCCUCUGAGUGCAUGGAAACCAAGGAUUGCUUUUGGUUCGUGAAUGAGGAUGGUUUCUAUGUUGGCAAUAAAAAGUUCGAUUGGCGUUGA